AUGGCGUCGCAAGAACUCAAGGGCAUCAUGGUGGCCCUGAUCACCCCAUACGCCGCCGAUGGCAGCGUAGACUACGCAGCCAUUGAUGCACACGUCAACCGAAUGAUUGACGCGGGUGUGCACGGUUUGGUUCCUGGAGGCAGCACUGGCGAGUUCCCGGCACUUACGACAGAAGAACGCAAAAAGACAUUGGAGCAGGUGAUCAAGUCUGCCGCGGGCCGGGUUCCAGUAAUUGCUGGCAUCGGCGACUUGUCGACUACCAAGACCAUUGACCUCGCCAAGCAUGCUUCUCAAGCCGGAGCUGCUGCUCUCAUGGUUGUUCCCCCUUUCUAUGACGCUCCCAACUUGGAUCAGCUGCGAGAGUUCAUGAAGGAGAUUCACGACGCCAGUGGUAUCGAUAUCAUGUAUUACAAUAUCCCCUCGGCCAGCGGCGUUACGCUCAAGCCGGAGGAGAUUGCGUCGUUGGCCGACGUUGGCGUCAAGUACCUCAAGGACACAUCAGGCAACGGCCCUGCCUUUACAGAACUAUUAUUCGGCCACGAGCACAAGAUUACAGCCUUCAACGGUUGGGACACCCUGACAUUUUACGGACUGGCGGCAGGCGCCAAGGGCGGUGUCUGGGGAGCCACAAACAUCAUCCCAGAGCUGUCGAUUCAGCUGUGGGACGCCGUGGCCGUCAAUGGUGAUUUGAAACGGGGCCGCGAACUGUGGAAGAAGAUUUGGCCCAUUUGCAACUUUCUCGAGUCUCACAACUACGCGUCGGCGGUCAAGACGGGCAUGGAACUGCGCGGAUGGAAGACGGGUGGGCCGAGGAAGCCCUUUGCAUUGCUGGGAGAUGCGCCAAAGAACGAAAUCGCCUCACUACUCAAGGCUGCUGGCGUUGAGCUGGCUUAG